AUGCAUGAAAUGAAUCUAAUUGAAUAGUUAGAAGAAAAUAUGGAAUUAUUAGGAAUAACAGGUGUAGAAGAUAUAUUAUAAGAAGAUAUAUAAUAAACAUUAUAAUGUUUAAAAAAUGGAGGAAUACAUAUAUGGAUGUUAACUGGUGAUAAAUUAGAAACUUCUACAUGUAUAGCAAUAUCUACUGGUUUUAAAAGUCCUUAAGAUCAAAUAUUUACUAUAAAAGAUAUUGAAGAUUAAAUGCAAUUAGUCCAAUAAUUAAAUGAAUUUUCUCGAACUCAAUCUAUUUUAGUAAUUGAUGGUAUUUCUUUAACUACUGCACUUUAAUAUAAAGAAAAGUUUUUUUUCGAAAUCGCUGCUAGUGCUAAAGCCGUGAUAUGUUGUAGAUGUACACCUACAUAGAAGUCUAUAAUUACUGAAGGGGUUAAAAGAUAUACGAGAAAAAUUACUCUUGCAAUAGGGGAUGGAGGAAAUGAUGUUGGAAUGAUCUAAACAGCCCAUAUAGGAAUAGGAAUUGUUGGAAAAGAAGGAAAAUAGGCUGCUUUAGCAUCUGAUUAUUCGAUUUUAAAGUUCAAGUAUUUAGCAAAACUUGUACUUUUUCAUGGGAGGUUGAAUUAUAAAAGGACAGCAGUAAUGAGUUAGUUUGUAUUACAUAGAGGGACUAUUAUUUCAGUUAUUUAGGCCAUAUUUAAUUACUAACAUAAUGAAGAUCAUUAAAGAUUAAUGUGGGAUUUAUUAAGGAAAUCUAUAAAUGGGAUUGUUAAUAAAAUUAAUGUAUCAAAUAUUUAAAAUGUUAUUAUUGAACUUCUAAAUGAAAAUAUUCUUAGAGGAAAAGGUUUAUUUGCAAGAGCUGUUGUUAAAGCUUAAAUGUCAUCUCCUAAUUUUACGCAUGUAUAUGCAGCACUAAUAGCAAUUAUAAAUACAAAAUUACCUGAUAUAGUUAAUUUAAUUAUAAGAAGAGUUUUAUUAUAAUUUUAGCGUUCAUUUAAAAGAAAUAAUAAACUUGUUUGUUAAGCUGCCUUAAAAAUGAUCGCUCAUUUAAUUAAUUAAAAUAUACUUACUGAUUAUAUAGGCCUUUAACUUCUUUUAUUUUUUUUGGAAAAUCCUACUGAAGACACAGUCGAAUUAGCUUGUGAAUUUAUGAUAGAAUGUGGUUAAGUACUCAGUGAAUUAAGUCCUGUUGGUGUAAAUGCUAUUUUUGAACGUUUUAAGGGAAUCCUCCAUGAAGGUGAAUGCGAAAAAAGAGUUUAGUAUAAUAUAGAGCAUUUAUUUGCUGUUAGAAAGACAAAAUUUAAAGUAAUUAAUUUUUUGAUAUAUACAUAUAUAUUAAAUAAAUACAUAUAUUAGGAUCAUUCAGGUAUAAUUCCUGAAUUAGAUUUAGUCGAAUAAGCAGAUUAGAUUACACAUAAUUUUGAUCUAUUGGAUUAAUUUGAUCCUGAAGAUAAUUUAAAUUAAUUUAAAUUCGAUCCUUUUUAUGAAAAGACUGAGGAAGAAUGGGAAUAAAUAAAAUUAGAAAUACUUGGAGAAGAUAAUAUUUUAUAAUUAAAGUAAAUUAAAGUCGCUACAGAAGAAAAAGAAGAAUAAAUAGAUGAGGAAAAUAUUCAAAUAAAAAAUCUAACAGAAGAAGAUAGAGCUAAUUUAAGAAGAACACUCUAUUUAACUAUUAUGUCGUCAGUAGAUUUCGAAGAAUGUUGUCAUAAAGUCUUAAAAAUGAAUUUAGGAGUUGGCCAUGAAAAUGAAGUAUGUAGUAUGAUCUAGGAAUGCUGCUAAAACGAAAGAACUUAUAUGAAAUUUUACGGGCUUUUGGCAUAAAGGUUCUGUUAACUAAGUGAACUUUAUAGAGAUAACUUCAUGAAGUGCUUUAUUGAUUUAUAUGCGACUAUUCAUAGAUAUGAAACUGCCAAGAUUAGGAAUUCGGCGAAGUACUAUGCGCAUCUUUUUUAUACAGAUAGUAUUGAUUGGAGAGUUUUCGCAUGUAUAUCGCUAACUUAAGAAAGUACUACGGCUUCUUCAAGAAUUUUUAUUAGGAAUCUAGUUUUAGAAAUUUAAUAAAGAAGAACAUUAGGAAUUUUUUUGUGGCUUGUUUCCAAAAGACCAUCCAAGAAAUACAAGAUUUGCAAUAAAUUUUUUUAUUUCGAUUGGCUUAGGGGCUUUAACAGAGCUGAAUCAAUGGCUUAAUAAUAAUUAGAAAUUGAAGAAUAAUAAAAAUAAAAUAAGGAAAGUUCCUCUUCCUCAGUUUCUGAAAACGAAGAAGAAUCUUCAAGUUCUUCUGAUUCUUCAAGUUCAUCAGAAGAAUCUUCGAAUGAAGAUAGUAAUAAGAGUUCAAGUAUAGAGAGUAAUAAAAAGAAAAAAUAAAAAAAAAAAUGA